GUGCCUUGCAGGGAGGAAAGCUAAGGCGCAGGCGCAGCCGGGGGGCGUGGCCAGGCUGCUUCCGUGCGCGCGCGCAGGGCACACACGCGGAUGUGCUCAGCCUGGCCCUUCUCGACCGGCUCUGGCUCUGCCGACUCCAGCCAUGGGCCCUGCCGCAGGCUCGGUGAGGGCGCGCUACCUCGUGUACUUCCAGUACUUGGGCACGGAGUUCAACGGGGUCGCGGCCAUCAGGGGCUCCCAGCGCGCCAUCGGGGUCCAGAACUACCUGGAGGAGGCUGCAAAGAGGCUGAAUUCGGUGGUGCCGGUCAAGUUCACCAUCUCCAGCCGCACGGAUGCUGGAGUCCACGCGCUGAGCAACGCCGCUCACCUAGACGUCCAGCGCCGCUCAGGCCAGCCCCCCUUCUCCCCCGAGGUCCUGGCUGAAGCUCUCAAUGCCCACCUGAGGCACCCGGCCAUCCGGGUACUGCAGGCCUUCCGAGUACCCAUUGACUUCCAUGCCCGCCAUGCUGCCACAUCCAGGACCUACCUGUACCGCCUGGCCACCGGCUGCCACCGGCCCGAUCAGCUGUCUGUGUUUGAACGAAACCGAUGCUGGGCACUACGGGCAGGCUGCUUGGAUGUAGAGGCCAUGCAGGAGGCUGCCCAGCACCUUCUAGGGACACAUGACUUCAGUGCCUUCCAGUCAUCUGGCAGCCCAGCCACGAGCUCAGUGCGCACAUUGCGCCGAGCUUCUGUGUCCCCUGACCUAGGCAGCCCCUUUGUCCUCCCCCAGGAGAACAGGUUGCAGUUCUGGAACCUGGAGUUUGAGAGCCAGUCCUUUCUGUACAGACAGGUUCGGAGAAUGACAGCUGUGCUGGUGGCUGUGGGGCUGGGAGCUCUGAUGCCCGCUCAGGUGAAGGUGAUUUUGGAAAGCCGGGACCCCCUCGGCAGACACCAGACACGUGUGGCCCCGGCCCACGGCUUAUUCCUCAAGUCAGUGCAGUACGGGAGUCUCGGUGGGAAUCCAGCCUGUGUUCAGCAGGAAAGCCAGGGCCCUGGAGGCAAGGAAGCCCCAACCAUUGGACAAAAAGUCUCCAGCUGCUCCCAAGAGCAGGCAGCCUGGAGUGAGGGGUCUCCUUCCCCUGGGCCCUUAGACCCAAGCCAUACUCCUCACCCGGCCCCUGCGAUCAAGUUCCCAGUAGGGAGGGAGGCUGAGGGGGCUCGCCUUAGGGAGCGGGGAGGGCCUUGACAGGCAGAGGCUCUGCAGCCCAGAGGAAGCUGUGGCCUGGACAGGCACAGCCCCUGUAGAAAACCUCCUGUGCCCUGCAGGAUUCACCACAUGGGAGGCACAGAUAAUCCCCAGAUGCCCAGCUGAGAUCAGGGCAGCUGUGACAUACUAGGCCCUGCCACUGGACCCUGCCCAGCUCUGCAUGCCAUGGAGCAGCAGGGACCAGCACUUGCCCAUCCGGAGCCACAGCAGGCUUCCUGCCUCCCACUGGCCCGUACCUUCCAGAAGUCCCCACCUUCCUGGGUACCCCGGUCUGCCCCAGGUGGGCUGCUCUGGGUAGACCACAGGAAAAAGGUCUGGGCAUCAAGAAGGGAACACCCAUGUGGUCUUUGGUUCUCUUUUUACUGGACAAAAUACUUCAGGAGCAACCACCCAUCUCUUGGGGGCUCAGGAAUAGAAAUAAAGGGUGAUGAAGUC